AUGUCUACAACCACGACAAUAAUGGAUGGUAAGAACGGCUCUGUUCCCUCAUCAUCCAUGAAAGUGGGCAAGAAAUCAGUUACAGAAGACCUUGUGACAACGUUCAGCUCACCAGCAGCAUGGCUUCUUGUUGUUGCUCUGAUUGUUACCUGGUCAGCAGUAGCUAUUGUAAUGUUUGACUUGGUGGAUUACAAAGCCAUUGCAG